UCCCAUGUUCAGCCAAAUCGUUUAUGCUCAGUCGUACUUAAAAACAGACUGCAAAAUACAGGGUGCGACAAAAACGUGAAGAAAAUUCAACAGGCUUGGCUUUCAACAGGGUCGGACAUUCAGUAGCUCCUAAAGAAUUGUCACCAUGCGAGUCAUCCUCGGUUUUCUGCUUUGUCUCACCCUUGUGCUCUAUGUGGCUCCUGUUGGCGGAAGGGGAGUUAAAAGAACCAAAAAAUUCAAUUACGAGGACGCAAGAAGGGCGUACGCCAAUACGGUUGCAACACUGGACGAUGCCGUGGCUGAAGAGAUUGGAAUGGACACCUUCCUCAACGACCUGAGCGCGUACGCAGAGUAUGACGGCACCCCACUCGCUGACCUACCCAAUACGGACAGGAUCACCAUCCAACCUGAGCGCUGGGCUCUAACCUACACCGACCCACGGAGUCCAGGUGUCACCACAGCACUGUUCCUGCCCGAAACCAGUAACUUUGACCCGAAUGUUGGGUUACCAGACGAGCUUCCAGGCUACGCCAUCGCAGCCCUUAGAGAGAGAUACCCACGGUACUACGAGAGAUACCUGUCAGACCUGGAAACGAAUUAUGCCAACUCGCGCACCAACGUGGAGUUUGACGACGCCACGUAUGGGACGGAAAUCGACGUCCCCUACCGGCCCACACACACUGACCUGGGGGAUGGAUUUGCUUUUGAGCAUUUUGGGACCACCCCUGGCCGUCUGAAUGAUACGAUCCAAGCUACAGCCCCGAGCACCACCGAAAGUUAUUUUACAGGGGCUGGUGUUAUAGGGGGUGUACGUAUGAUUUGGGUUGGAUGUUUUCCAAUCAAAGUUAAACUCAAUGCGGAGACAACCACAACCAAGCCACAGAUCCAAGCCACAGACCCGAGCACCAACGAAAGUUACUUGAUAGGGGCUGUUGUCCAUGGAAAUAUGUUUUGGGUUGGAAAUUCACUUUGUAACCUCUGAACCUGAUCUAAUGCAUUUAAGUGCGCCUCCUGCCAGGAUUUAAGGGCUCCGUAGUCUGUGAUUACUAGUCUGUUGUCUUUUAUUAGUCUUUAUAUCUGUAUCCAUUGUAUCUUUAAUUCGGGACGAGGGCUAUCAAAGGUGCCACCACCUGUUCCCUCAUCCUAUAUCUUGAGUGCAUUUUUAAUCAACAAAGCUGUGGACUAAGUUAAGUUAAGUACAUAAAGAAAAGCAGUCAGUGAGAUAUAUCAGUGAGUUCAGUUUGAAUGGCGAGUCUGCUCCGGAAUAUCAUUUGAAUACAAUUAGAAUUCACACCCUAUGAAUUUGUAACUGAGAGUGGCGUCCCCGUGGUAGCUUGAGUUGUUUUUGGCCCCCCAAAGUCUGCACUUUAGCAAUCAGAACAUUGACAUCAUUGACUGGUGAAGGGGGCAUGGGUUCCCCU